CCCGAAGGUCAGCACCCGUCCUGGAACUGAUAAAGGUGAGAUAGUACCCCUCUGUUUCGAAUCGCUCAUCUGUGAACAUUCUGCGCAAUCCCAGCCGAGCUCCUUUCACAGAAACCCAACAACACACAGAAACCAGGCACCAUGGCACCAAUCGCCCUUGCUGAUAUUUCAGAACCGAUUCACGAACUCAGCAGUGAAUACAAGGACCAGUACUCAGUACAGGCCCUUCCCCAGUCUUCAAAGAAUGUCGCGAGCUAUCGAGGAUACGACAACGUCCAUUGGUGGGUUGGCAAUGCCAAACAAGCUGCCGCGUACUACGUUACUCGUAUGGGUUUCGAGCGAAUAGCGUACCGAGGUCUUGAGACAGGUUCUCGGAUUCUGGCUUCGCACGUUGUCCGGAACGGAGACGUGACCUUCGUCCUCACCUCACCACUCCAGAGCUCGGACUGCACAAUCGCCUCGCUGUCCGACGAAGAUCGAAAGCUGCUCCGCGAGAUGCAGGAUCAUUUGAAGACCCACGGUGACGCAGUCCGUGAUGUUGCUUUCGAAGUGGACGAUGUUGCUGCAGUAUAUGAUGCCGCCGUAGCCAAGGGUGCGCAUGCAGUCCAACGGCCAAAGACAGUCAGCGACGAGUUUGGCAGUGCAACGUAUGCUCAGAUUCGAACGUACGGAGACACCAUCCACACCUUGAUCGAACGCCAGCAAUAUAAGGGUGCCUUCCUUCCAGGAUACCGAGCAGUUAACGAAGUCGAGAGGACUGCCAAGUACUUACCAAAGGUUGAUUUGAUGCAUGUUGAUCAUUGUGUCGGUAACCAGGACUGGGAUGAGAUGGAAGCAGCGUGCGAGUAUUAUGAGAAGACCCUAGGCUUCCACAGGUUCUGGUCGGUUGACGACAAGGACAUCUGUACAGACUAUUCCGCUCUGAAGUCAAUAGUCAUGGCCAGUCCAGACGAAAAGAUCAAGAUGCCGAUCAAUGAGCCAGCGACGGGAAUAAGGAAAUCGCAGAUCGAAGAGUAUGUCGACUGGUACAAUGGCGCUGGUGUCCAGCACAUCGCCCUGAGAACGGACGACAUUAUCUCCAGCGUCACUAACUUGAGAGAGCGAGGGAUCGAGUUCAUUAGCGUGCCGGAUACUUACUACGUGUCGAUGGCGAAACGACUUGAAAGCGCCGGCAUGAAGCUGAACGAAGACUUUGCUGCACUGAAAGAGCUGGGCAUCCUGAUCGACUUCGAUGAGGGUGGGUAUCUUCUGCAGUUGUUCACCAAGCACUUGAUGGACAGACCAACCGUCUUCAUUGAGAUCAUUCAGAGAAAUAACUUCUCCGGGUUCGGUGCUGGUAACUUCAAAGCUCUCUUUGAAGCAAUUGAGAGGGAACAGAUGGCUCGAGGUAAUCUGUGAUGUCACUUGAGGAUUUCUUGAAGCUUUUCAGCAGUCUUGUAGAUAACCUUGUCGCUUUAGCCAGCACUGUAGAUUCAAACAAUGACCAUCACGCUCAUGAGUAGAUUGAGACCAACAAAGGUUGAUGAUUGUGCUCUCGUUUUAAAAAGGGUAAAGAUGGCACCGAGAAAUGCGAAAAUAAGAGAGUUUUCUUAAGCAAAGAAGCCCGGAAAUUGGCGCCUGUGUUUAUUGGCAGGUGACAGCGAUGGCCUCCCUAGCUUCCACCACCUAAAACUCACCUUCAAG